GGUUUUGCUUUUCUAACUUAAUCACUGCACACCUUUGCAAUGGCCUUGGACUUACUUGGAUUUAAUCCUGAAGCCCAGAAGAAGAUUCACAGAGAACUGGACAAUGUGUUUGGUAAGUUUUCCAUUCCUCUUUUAUCAAGACUGAAGAAAUUGAGAUAGGAAUGCACCAUGUGGCCAUUCUAGGGUUUUAAGUAGCUAGAGGUGGCUGGGAUGAGUGCUGGAAUACCUUCAGGACAGAGUACUGAGAAAGUUUUCCAGGUAAAGGUUAGGGUUUUUCUCUUUUUUAUUUUAUGGUUAAGCAGUUAUAGACAGACACCUAUUUGCUGUUAUUUUGAUACUUCUUCCUUUCCCUUUUCUCCUAGGCAAAGGAUAUCAAGUAUUGAAUGGUACAAAGACUCCUGUUAUAAUUUGUGCACUACCAAGAUUUUCCCUGACCUGGAGGAGUUUAGUCCUGAGCAAUUCUUCCCUGAGCAUUAUAAGAAAAAGUUCUUGUAUGGUUUCCAAAUAUUAAAUAUUGUUGACAGUUUGUAUGCAUCCAUCACUUUGUAACUGACAUUUCUGGUCUCACUAGGGGGUAAUGUGAAGGACAUUUCAUCCCUAUUUUCCCUUGUAAUUGUCUUGUAAUUGUUUCAUGGUAGGCUUUUAAGCUGAGUGUAGGUGUCAUGGUGUCAGUAGCAGGGCUGCUCCUGGGGUGGCCUCUCUGAGAAAAGGCUAGAGAAGAGAAAUGUGCCGGCUCCACUCUGGAUCCACUGCAGGACAUAGCUGAGCUCAGCAGCCAAGCCAGUGUCACCUCUGUAAAAAAGUAUUUACAAGUGUACAAAAAGUCCUAAACUGACAGAGGAGUGUGGGGAGGGAAAAGAGAGAGAAAGAGCAACACCAAGGUCAUUCAAGGAGCAGGAGGCAGUGCUCCAGGCCUCAGAGCCGAGAUUCCUCAGCAGCAUGUGGAGAAACUAUGCUGGAGCAGGAUAAAAGAGUGGGGAGGGAGCAGCAGAGAAGAACUUUUGUCUUUGUUUCUAUCUUCCUCAUUAUCUGUUUUUAAUUGUCUAUAAAUUAAACUGAAUGUCUGAAGUUGGGUCUGUUUUGCCCAUGACGGUAACCAAUAAGCAAUCUUCCAGUCUAUUUUGGCCCAUAAGAUUUUGCAUCCUGUUGAGGGAGGGGAGUGAGUGGAGGGUUUGUUAAUUUGCUAAAAAUGCUUUUGCAGUCAGUGAAGUCAUUUCUGGUACAAACCUGACUGCUGACCAAGGCUAACCCACCACAGCUUCUAAGAGAAUGUACAGCUAUGACUGUGUUUUGUGCAGGCACAUCAAAUGUGGACAAAGACCUCCUAGAGCAAAUACCGAUACCAAAUCUCCCAUGCUGCAAGAAUGCAGGUAGCAGAUCUGCAGUGUUGUGCUUCUGUGACCCACGAGGUUUUCCUGGUCUUAAGCUGCCCUGUUUAUUCAUUCUUCAUGACCUCUGGUUCACUUCAUGUAGUGUGUUCCACGUUGCUAAAUGCUUUCUUUAAACUUGCUGGAGUUUAGCAAAGAGGGGGCCCUGUAGAGUCUAGCCAAAUCACAGAGAAGUGGGUGGAAUCUUCACUUGUGACCUUGGAUGAGUUGUGAUCAUCCAGCUUGGGAGUAUGCACUUUCCUGGAAACACUGAUGAAUAAACACAGAUGUGGUGCUUUGGUAGCCACUUAGUGUUAAUUGUCUAUUAGUUAUACCAACAUAACUGACACCUUAUCAGAACUGUAGUCUGUGUUCUGGGGUGUGAGUAGUGAUCUCUAUUAUUGUAAGUCAUGUUGGUAUCCUGGUAGGGAGGAUUAUGGUUUCUUAGGAGGCAGGCUUUUGUAUUCCGUUUGGGAUAAUUUAUUCAUACAAAAUGUCUUGUAGUAAAGGGACAAAGCAGUUGCUGCUGUACAGUGAACACUAGGUUGCCGAAACCAAACAAGGUAUGCUUGAUGGUGGUGGCAUCAAACCAAUAGGUGACCCUGAAAAACAGCUUUGGUCUCUGUCUCAGAAAUCCUGACAAUGUCCUUUACCUGUGUGAGAAAGGGUCCACAGAAGGUUUUGAAGCUGAAAUCUUCCUCAGGAUUUGUUCUUGGAAGCCUAUAUUUUGGGUAUGAAGCUUUAGUAUCUCUGUUUGGACAUGAAAUUUAGUAUCAGUCCCUAAAAUUCCUCUCUGAGAACUGGGGAGAUCUCUGAGCUCUCCAGCUGUCCAGCUGAUGAAUAUAUUUUGAAAUGGAGACAUACUGUGAUAUGUUGUCUUUUGUCUAGGUGGUGGCUAUUGUGGACUACAAACAGCCUGUUUAUUUCAGUGUAGCUUUCUGCCUAAAGGAUAAUCAUGUUGUCAUGAUGUGUGUUUUUUUAGAAAGAGAGAAGCUCUUGCUAAGAAAGCCUUUCUUAAGAAAAAAACAUUCAGUUUUUUAAUAAUUUUUAAAAUCAUAAAACAUUCUUAGUUUUUCAUAAUGAGUUGUAUACUUCUCUAUUCAGCUUGGAUGCUGAGCACAGCUAUGUUCUGCAAUGGAUCCAGAGCGGAGUCAGCAGGAGCCUCACUCUUGUAUCAGAUCCACUUUAGACUUGCUUUGUUUUUGUUUUGUUUUGUUUUUUUCUUGCUGUUAAUGAUUUUAUUAGUUUUUCUUAUUGAAGAACCCAGGCUUCUUUCUAGGGACCAGCAGAAGCCUGUGUUGUCAUUGUAUUUUGUGGCUGACACAGCUGCCUAACAGGUUGCUUGUCUUCUGCCAGCACAGGUAGAUAGGCUUCCACUUAGGCAAGAGGCUGAAGAAGAGCAUUUAUAAAAGCAAAAAUUCAGUAAGCAGUGGAGUGUUCACAGAAAUCCAACACUGAACAAUAGCUCUUUGGGUAAAAAAGAAAUGCUGAUCACAAUCUGGUAGAAAACUCAUUUGCUACAGAACAUCCUCCAAGUUUUGUUAUGAUUCCAAGUCUUGGUGACAUAAUUAGGCCUCAAAGAUGCUAGACCUCUAAUUUCUUUUUUCUUGGGAAUAUAUCUUUUAUGUCUCAUUCCAGUGUUUCUGCUGCUUUUUAUUAACAUCAUUGCCGUUGCCAGCUGCUGGCAGGAUGCUGCAAUGUUUGCUUUGCAGUGUUCCCUACUGCUUUCCCAAUGCCUUUCCACCUUCUCCUUGCUGUUUCACGGUUUUUUUUUUUUUUUUUUUUUGGUUUUUGGUGUUUUUUUUUUUCCCAUAGAAGGAAUAAUCAGCAGUUAGAAGUAUAGAUUUUUGACUCAGAAGCACAAAUAGUCACUUCAUCUAAUUGGUGCAAUGAAGGCAACAAACUGCAAGACUCUUUUGACCAUGUUAAAAAUACAAAAGGUUUCCAAGCACCCACUUUGAGAAACAGAUGCUCAGUAGCCCUGCAGCAGUGAGAAGAACCCUGGAUCCCCCUGAGGCAAGAGGGGUAGCAGUGUAUGGGGUGGGUUUGGUACUGUGAGUACCCAGGCACUUUGCAAGUUGGGGCACAGAUGCUGGUUCUGGCAGUUGUUUUACUGGCACCCUUUAGCCUGUGCCUGAGCAUUCAACAAUGAGAUCAGUAAAGGACAUUUGAGCUGAGAGGCAUCCGUGUGUUUUGCAAUGCUGCUGUUGAUCAGGGGUGUUUAUGGGGUUUGGUUUUUGUAACUCCUUGAAGCCAUCAAACCACUGAAAAAGGGUAUUCUCCACUGGCCCUUCAGUUACCGUGUUAGACAGCACUGGAGCAGUUCUCUAUGGCAAAAUGGUGUUGAGCACGUGAAAACAGAUUGAGAAAGAUGAUAUUGAGAAAACUCAUCUAUCCCAAAUCAGCAAAAGGGUGUUUUUUCUCUUGAUGUUGCUUUGUUUUUCCUUGUGAGAUAUUGCAUGGACCUGCAAAGAAGGCCCUCGAGCCAAGUGAGGGCAGUGACUGUUCCCUCUGGCUUGCUGCCACUAGGAAAUGCUAGAAUGCAGCCUCUCCAUAAGAGUGUUUUUCAACGCUGUUUAUUUUCCUGGAAAGAAGCUAUGCCAGCAGCCUGUGUGGUGGCUCCACCUCCUGCUCUUCUGGCCAGCUUUUCUGCAGUGCCAGGUACAGAUAGCGCCAGUUUCAUAGCAGGGAUCAAGGUUCAGGGCAGGAGGCUGAGAGGUGAUGAUGGAGGUCCUGGAAGGACUGUCAGGGAGACCCCAGCUGCUGCCAUGGGGAGCUGGGAUCAUUGCUCUGCUUUUGACAAUUGUGACUGUGUGCUCCCUUCCCUCCCUGAUGGAAUACUGGAGGCAAUGGAGGAUGAUGAAGUCCAUCCCGGGUGUCAGCCCCUGCUAUCCUGUGGUGGGAAAUGCCCUGCUCUUCAAGCGGAAAGGAGAAGAAUUUUUUAAACAGAUACAGUUUUAUUCUGAAGAGUUCAGAAGUUGGCCAUUGUUCAAACUUUGGAUAGGACCAGUGCCUGUCAUGUUUUUGUAUCACCCUGACAGUGUGGAGGCUAUUCUGAACAAUUCAAAACAUAUAGAAAAAUCAUACCUGUAUGAAUUCCUGCAUCCAUGGUUGGGCACUGGACUUCUGACAAGCACUGGAGACAAGUGGCGGUCACGGAGGAAGAUGAUAACUCCCACAUUCCACUUUGAAAUCUUGAGUGACUUUCUAGAGGUCAUGAAUGAACAAGGAAAUAUUUUGGUGAAGAAACUUGAGAAGCAUGUUGACAAGGAGCCAUUUGAUGUCUUUAUGGACAUCACUCUGUGUGCCCUUGAUAUUAUUUGUGAAACAGCAAUGGGAAGGAAUGUGGAUGCCCAGAAGAAUAAGGAUUCUGACUAUGUUUCUGCUAUCUACAGGAUGAGUGAUCUAAUUCAACGACGACAGAUAAGCCCUUGGCUUUGGCCUGAUUUUUUGUAUGUAUUGUUCAAAGAAGGAAGAGAGCACAAGAGGAAUCUCAACAUCCUUCACAAUUUUACAGAUAUGGUCAUUGCAGAAAAAGCUGAAGAACUUAAAAACAUCCAGCAAAAGAAACAUGAUAAUGAUGGAAACUCUGAAGAAACUGGUUCCAAAAAGAGAAAAGCAUUCCUGGACAUGCUGCUGAAUGCAACAGAUGAUGAAGGGAAAAAAUUGAGCUACAGGGAUAUUCGUGAGGAAGUGGAUACUUUCAUGUUUGAGGGCCAUGAUACAACAGCAGCUGCUAUAAACUGGGUCUUGUACUUGCUUGGACGUAAUCCGGAAGCUCAGAAGAAGGUUCACAGGGAAUUGGACGAGGUGUUUGAUGAUGCUGAACGUCCUGUUACAGUGGAUGAUUUGAAGAAUCUUCGAUACCUUGAAUGUGUUGUGAAAGAAGCUCUUCGUCUCUACCCUUCAGUUCCCAUAUUUGCCCGUACCUUGAGAGAGGACUGCUGCAUUAAGGGAUAUCAGAUACCAAGAGGUGCAAAUGUCCUCAUUUUAACUUAUGCCCUGCAUAGAGACCCUGAGGUCUUCCCUGACCCGGAGGAGUUCAGGCCUGAGCGAUUCUUUCCUGAAAAUUCUAAGGGAAGGCACCCAUACGCUUAUGUGCCCUUCUCAGCUGGUCCCAGGAACUGCAUUGGUCAGCGCUUUGCACAAAUGGAGGAGAAAGCUCUUCUAGCCCUCAUCCUGCGGCGCUUUUGGGUGGAAUCAUGUCAAAAGCCAGAAGAGCUUGGUUUAUGUGGAGAAUUGAUUCUUCGUCCAAAUAAAGGCAUCUGGAUUAAACUGAAGAGGAGACCAAAUGCUGGAUCAGAAUGAAAGGAAUUUCAAGAGUUUACUUCCAAAAGUUUUCAAUCUGUUUAGGCUGAAACAUAUCUUAAAAUCAAAUAUUUUGAAGUCAGUCCAGCAAUUUGUUAAAACUAGUUGCUAUUGUUUUAUUAAAAAAGAUGUUGUAAUAGCCCUAGUUGCUCUACUUUUAUAGUACUUGUGAACUUCAUGUUAAUCUUUGAGAUGCAAGUAUUUUAAUCCUUAAAUUUUGGUGCCUUAUCUGCUCAGAUGAAGCUAUUCUAUUGCCACAGUGCCACAAAAACUUUAGCUGUGGUAAUAAGAACAGCAAUGCCUGCGAUGAAGUGAUCAGUUUACAUGCCAUAGGAUUUUCCAAGUAACUGGAAGUCUCAAGUGUUUGUAAGGUUUUCAGGUUUCUUUGGUUCUGAAAAAUACAAGUGAUAAUAUUCUUGGCACAAUUUUUUUUUGGUGAUGACUGCCUCUGUGAAGACCAAGCAAAAAUCUCUGAUAAUUUCACUCUUUCUUGGUAAGUAAGCAUUUAAAGUAGUUUGUAAGAAGGGAGUACUCUGAAUCAUCUUUUAGCAAACUGUACCAAAAGCAUUGAUCUGUAUAACCAUAGCAGGAACUAGACAGUAUGCAAAUUACAUACAGGAUUUUAUAAUGACAAAAGCAAUGUAUUAUUAAAAACUGAGAAUAAACUCCUACUAUGCCUCA